AUGCUCACGGUGAGCGUGAACGUGCAUACCCAAGCCGAUACAGCCCAGUGCUCAGUCCUGACUAUGCUCAUGAAAGUCGAUAUGCUCGACGCAAUGGCCUUGACGAGCGCCGGGCAUUUGGUGGAGGAGCAUACCGUGACAGAUUCUAGAUGGACGGACAAUGUCCGUAAUGUUGCAUCUUCAUCUUUGGACUACAUUCGUCACGACACUGUCCCACGAGCAUUUACUCGAGACCCCACCAACCCUCCGCAUCCUCCUUCAUCAUAA